UCACGGCGUCUGGCCAUCGAGCAGGACAGGUGCGACGGGGCCCAGUGGCCGCCGAGCCAGACUGAUCACACGCGGAUACCUGGUCGUCCAUGGGUCGCCGGGAGUGCCCACUGACUGCUCGUAAGUCGCAAGAGUGACCCUCACUGCCAACACCACACGCACACGUAAAGAAUGGGUAUGUUGGCUUGGCCCCUGGCUGCUAGCUACUCACCAGUUUGAAGGUCGUCAGGGUUGACGGGGACUUUGAAGGUCAGCCAUGCGAUGAAGGGGUCGUCGAAGGACAUCAGGAGAUGGUUGAUAUGAGAAUGCCGCCCAUCUUCCCGUUCCCGCGCCAUGGCGGCUGUGCACCCCUCCAGCAGCGUGUGGGGUGAUCCCGUCAACAUCUUGUCGAGAUAACCGCCUCCCGCGCUACUGAACGCGCAAACGCGCACACACGCACACAUACAUACAGACUGAACCCCCCGCAUGUACGUGUACCGGUUGAUUUCCGCGGACGAGCUGGCUGGCGGGGGGCCAGUGAAGCGCACGAAGUGGAGAAGUAUGGUGAUGAUGAAGCCGCUCGUCGAUCCAUCGAUGAGCCCUAGGUCUGGCACCCAUUCGCCCGCCUCGUGGUCGUAUUUGAAGCUCGCCAGGACGGGCGGGUCGUCGGGCUUGGCGUGCUGCUGGAAGGGGUGCUGCUGCAGGUGAUGCACGAAGGUGCGAGGGAGGCGCGGGUUGAGUGUCAUGGCGAACUCGGGCUCGUCUCGGAUGGCUCGGAUCUCGUUGGUAGUGGGAUGGUAGAAGAGCUCAAACGUGCCGGCAUGCUGGCCAUCAGCACGGCGAAAAACUACGUGCCGCCCGACAAUCAUCCACUGGGCCGGCACUCGGGGCAGCGCUAAGUAUGCCUACACACACACACACACACAUACACACACACAUACACACACACUGAGCAGAUCAGACCGUUUCGUCCAUCCUGUGUGUCUGCGCUGACCCUCUUCGUGUCGUGCUUCUGCAGAUCUACAGCUUCGAUGGUGAUUGGGAGCUGGCAGUAGCCACACUGCCUCGCCCCCUUGAGCCCCUUGCGCACCUCGUCCCACCGGCCGCCCUCCUCCAUCAGCCACACAGCCGUCAUCACACCAUCGUUGUCCAGCUGGGGAGCGAAUCGCACCACGCCCGUCAGACCCGCCUUGUCGAUGGCGUCGGUCAGUCGGCUUCGGAAGGCCUGACGGAUGUGAUCUCUCAUCAGCCGCGCCGUGGUCUUGAGGCGGCCGACGACCGUCACGUCUGCGGAUCCCUGCAGGUGGCACAUGGCGUCAGGCGAGAGGUCCACCAACUGGGCCUGAGAGAAGGACACCCGUCCAUCGCGAUGACUGAAUGCAUUGAUGCCAUUGUGUGGUGCACUGACCGAUGCGUCGGUGCGUGGCUGUGGGAAGGUGGCCGACUUGACGAGGGCCUUGAGUGUGGCUCUCAACUUGGCAAACCGUUGCGAUGCCGCUAUCAUGUGAACCAAACAAUCCUGCAUGACGCAUACACAGACAGACAGACAGACGGCGGCAGUGAGUGUGUCGUGCAUCCAGGUGCAGAUGCUGCAGCCUGCCUCCAUCCAUUCAUACUUGCGAGGAGAGGUCCGAUGGGUCCAGCGCCGACAACCGGUACAUCAGGCAGCUGACCUGCACGAUAGAUCAACACAGGACAGGCCAAGAAGGAAAGGUGCGUGUACAGUAGUGUACAGUAACUCCCAUCGUGCGAUACGCGUCACUGAGAGACGUUUUGGAGUACCUCAGAGUGCAUGUGUUCUAGAUUAGCCAUCACGGUGGCCGCCUGGACCGCAGCCAUGGCGCCUUUUGACUUCG